AUGGCAUCGGUGCGAGACGCGACGUCGACAGUCUUCGGCGGUGACGGACGAGCCCGGAAACGGAUCGGAAUUUCCCGCUCUUUUUUUCCGACUCGCCGAACGACCUUGCCGCGUUCCGCCUCGUCCGCUGCAGGGACUUUCUACGGUGGAGCGCCCGACGGAAUGGAUCCAGACAGCCCCUCGUACGGCACGUCGAUCGGCAGCUGCGGUUAUCAGAGGUUGUCUCGAGACCAGUGGCCCUACUGGCGUGUGGGAGCGCUCGCCACGUCGAACUACUUCUUCAACAACCUCGCCGUCAAGGGCUGCGGCGCGUGCUUCGAGGUCGUGUGCCAGGACCGCUGGCCGUUCGAGGGCCGCUGCAACUCCGACGUCUCCCGUCGCUCCGUCAAGAUCGUGGUCACGGACUCGUGCCCCGAGUGCGGCAGCGACCACCUCGACCUCCAGGCCCGCACCUUCGAGCAAAUCGCGCCCAUGCGCGGCGGCCGCAUCAGCCUCUCGUACCGCCAGGUCGCCUGCGAGCCCGACAUCUCCGUCAAGCUCCUCGUCUCCGCGUUCCGCCAGGGCAGCGGCGGGUGGCUCCGCGUGGCGCUGUUCGGGCACGGCGGCCGCGGGACCGUCGCGGAGAUCGGCGUGCGCGGCAGCGACAGCGAGGCCCUGCAGCAGAUGCAGAACAAGUGGGGUGCCAACUGGGAGGCUGCGGGGUGGGUGCCGCGCGCGCCGCUGUCGUUCCGGUGGCGCACGGGCGACGGGUUCUGGCUGCAGGCCGACGGCGUGGUGAGCCGCGAGGGCUUCACGGGCGAGGUCGACACGGGCGUGCAGGUCCAAGGCACGUCCUCGUCGUCAGCGGGAUCGUACGACACCCCUCCCUCCUCGGCCGCCUCGCUGAGCGACUUCGAUGCGUCUCAGUACUCCGCCCUCGCCCUCGGCGGCCACGACGGCGACGAAGGCGACGACGGAAGCGGCGGGUCCACCGGGCACGCCCGGCGCUGGUCCGUCGCGGGCAUGCUGCGCGCCUUUAUGCGCCGCGCCCACCGCGGGGAGCUGCGGCGCAUCCCGCUCGCGCGGUUCCGCACGUUCGCGUCGGACGCCGCGGCCGCGUACGCCGGAGAGGUUGCGGGGGGUGACGCUGCGGAAGUGCAGGCGCUCCUCAGGCUGCCGUCCGACGAGGAGGACGCGCUGGGGCCCGCGGAGCUCGCGCCGGCAGCGCCGGCCGAUCAGGGGGGGGAGUCUCCGCUUGACGGCAUGGUGGCAGGCCUGAGCGUGGUGCCGCUGGCGGUGGUGCGCGACGACGGCGCCGAGGUGGGCGAGGACUACAUGGCGUCCGUUGCGGCCGCGGCGCUGCUGUCGCACAUCGCGGCGGUCCGCGAGACCUCCGACGACGCCGCGGGCAACGCCACGACCCUCGCGCCCCCCGGCACGUCAUCGCCCCUCGCCCCGUCUCCCGCUCCCGCCGCGCCGCCGGCGGCCCUCUUCACCGCCCUGACAGCGCUCAACCUGACGAAGAUGGGGGGGGUAUUGGCGGACGCGGGCCCGGCGUUCUGGGCCGAGGUCGGCGACGCCGGCCCGAGCGGCGGCGCGACGUACUUCGUUCCCGUCGACGCCGCGUUCCCGCCUGACUGGACACCCCCCUCCACCCGACUGGCCCGCGAGGCUCUGCUGUUCAGCCACGUGGCGGCGCGCAGCCGCCCCCUGUCCGAGCUGCGCGCCCGCGGCCGCGUCACGUCCCUCGAGGGCACCGCGUACGCUGUGCACUCGUGCGGCACCAACGACGCCCCGCCCGCCGACACCGGCCUCAGCGCUCGCGCCGACGCUGGCAGCCAGCACCCCCCCCACUGCACGGCCGGCGGGACCGCGCUCGUGGCGUGUGGCGACGGAUGCUGGGCCGAGGUGCUUGUGCCGGACGUCCCCGUGCCGAAUGGUGUCGUGCACGUCGUGUCGGAGGUGCUGCACCGCCCGUGGAUGCAUGCAGUCGACACCCCCCCCCUGGGUCAGGCCUCGGCGCGGCGCCCGUGCUGCCGGCGACGCCGUGAGGCGUGUCGGCGCAGAUGCCCGUGUCCGACAGAGAGUCAAUUUGCAUGA